CCUAGUAACUAGGUGAAUCCCCGCCCCUUUUCAUAAUUCAAAGUUCAAGGGGCACUUGCUUCCCUUUCCUUUAGUACAGCUGUGUUCAUUGAUGGUUUCUGGUUUACUGGUGAAAGGAAGUGUAUGCACGAUUCUUGGCAAGCAUAGAGACUACCCUACGGAACUACUGUUUACAGGAUAACAGAAAAUGAGUUUGUCUGCAGCAUCCAAGUGUCCUUUCUUGAGCUGUGUGCCCAAGUCCUUUCUUCAGCACUCUGGUACCUCUCUGAAUAUGUAUGGGCAGAAAUGUCCUGUGAUGUCCAGAAUGUUCCAUGUUGGUGCCAACAGCAUAAAGAAUAUGGGGAGAAAAAGCGUUAGCCUUGAGCACUUUUAUCGUUUGGCGCACGGAGGUGCAACCAAACCACCUCAAGGUGGGAAGUGUCCAUUUAGGGCGGCCCUCCAGACUAGAGAGCUCCACAACACACCACCCAAGCCGACUGUGGUGGCAAUGUCAGAGGUCACCCCUCCAGUCUCUGAGACGAGUGAGGAACAUGCACAAUGCAAAUGUGUGGAGCAAGGAAAGAGACCCAAAGGUAAUUGUCCAUUUCGCUGGAGCAGUUUCUUGGGACCUGGAGUGAAAGAGACUGUCAGGCAAGUGUUGGCCCACCCUCUGCCAAAGCGACUCGGCUAUGAUCCCACCAACAUCCCCAGUCUACCGAAUGGAAAACUGGAUUAUGAUGGAUUCUUUGAUAGCAAGAUCAAAUCUAAGAUGGAUGACAAUUCUUAUCGCCGAUUUCGUGUCUUAGCUAGAUCAGCCGACCAGUUCCCAGUGGCUAAGUACUUCAAUGAAGCGGACGUAAAGGUUGAGGAGGGCAAAGAUGUCACUGUGUGGUGCAGUAAUGACUACCUGGGAAUGAGCAAGCAUCCUAAAGUCAUUGAAGCCACUGGGCGAGCCAUUGAGAAACAUGGAGUGGGAGCAGGCGGGACACGCAACAUCUCUGGCACUAGUUACUACCAUGUGGCGCUCGAGAAAGAGCUGGCAGAUCUACACAAGAAGGAUGCGGCCCUUGUCUUUGGCUCUUGCUAUAUUGCCAACGAUGCCACUCUGUCAACUCUUGGAAAGAUGAUGUCUAACUGUGUGGUCUUCUCUGAUGCUGGCAACCACAAUUCAAUGAUUGUUGGAAUCCGAAAUGGGAAAACAAAAAAAGAGAUUUUCCGACACAAUGACCCAGAGCACUUAGAGGAGCUGCUUAAACAAUACGACCCCAAAGUUCCCAAGGUUGUUGCUUUCGAAUCGGUCUACUCAAUGUCUGGAAGUAUAGCCCCUAUCAAGGAGAUUUGUGAUGUGGCGCACAAGUACAAUGCACUGACGUUUAUCGAUGAAGUACACGCAGUCGGCCUCUAUGGAGAGAGGGGAGCAGGGAUUGGAGAGAGAGAUGGGAUCAUGGAUGAUCUAGACAUCGUUUCAGGCACUCUGGGCAAAGCAUUCGGAGUUGCCGGUGGUUACAUUGCUGCCUCUUCUAAGCUUGUGGACAUGGUGCGAAGCUACGCUGACGGAUUCAUUUUUACUACUGCAAUGCCCCCUAUGCAAGCUGUGGCCGCUCGGAAGUCUGUACAGAUUCUGAAGUCUAAAGAGGGUAGAGAGUUGAGAGCUCAACAUCAAUCAAGUGUGGAUAAUCUGAGAAAUGCUUUGAAAGCUGCCGGUCUUCCUGCCUUUGCAAGCCCAAGCCACAUCAUUCCGCUUCAUGUCGGAGAUGCCAAAAGGUGCACUGAAGCCUCUCUGAUGCUAAUGGAGAAGUAUGGAGUGUAUGUGCAGGAUAUCAACUUCCCCACUGUACAGAGGGGGCAGGAGAAGCUGAGGAUUGCUCCCACUCCAUACCACACUGCUGAAAUGCGAAAACAUUUUGUGAAUUCUCUGGUCGAAGUUUGGCAUGAACUGGACCUUCCAUUUACGAAAAUGGAAAACAAGUGCUCGUACUACGACGAUUAUGACUCUCUGAACAAGAAAGAACUUGAUUUCAAUCUUCCAUUGGCAUUGUUAUUUUAGAAAUGAACAACGUAGCAUGUACAAUGUAGUAUAAUUAUGCAGAGUGUUAUUCAGAUUAUUUUAUUUUAAUAGUAUUUUUAGCAAAGAAUUUUUACUACUUCAGUUCUUAAAUUGUCAUCAUUCAUGAAUCUCAUAAUUAUAGCAUUGGA